GUAGUCGUCUGACCGUCAGAAAGUUAGCGAACUUGAGCGUGCGAAACUAUUUCACGGUGGUCGAGCGUUUGGACUUUCUCGGGAUGACUGAAGUCGACGUCAUGUUGCCGCAGGAGAAACUUAAAUGCAGUGUUCCGGAAGACUCUCCAGAGCCAGUGGUUGCACAGCUUGCCAAUCCUGACAAGCUUUCUGGAAGUGGGCUUCUCAGCAGGAAAAAUAAGAAAGUGGUCAAUGCGAAUUUUAAUUCGAAAUUAGAAACUAAUAAAUUAGUUGAAAAUAGCUCCGAACAUCACUCAGAAGUUCGAAAAAGAAAAAAUAAAAAUCGUAAAAGGCUGAAAUGGAAACCUUAUAGCAAACGUACUUGGGAUGAAAGGAGGCAGUUGGAAGAGAGAGAUUCCAGGAGGGCUAACCGAAUGCGUGAAGAGAUGUCAGCAUUUGGGUUAACUCUUGCUCCAUAUAAUACAACUCAGUUCUUGAUGGAGGAUCAUAACUUGCAGGAACCUGAUUAUGCGCACAUUCCUAACGGACACAGACACAGAGAGAACAGCAACAGUUUCGACUCUUCGGAUGAAUUUUAUAGUUCUCCAGAAGAUGAAGAAGAGUUCUUACAGCAGCAGUUUGUGGAAACUUAUGAGGAUAUACAUAUAGAACAUCUUAAUAACAUGUCAAAUUCUGAACUUGUGCAAGAAUUAAUUAGUAUGGAAGAUAAAGUGGAAAUAUUAGAAAAGUCUCUAGAACAAGCAAAGUUGAAAAAGAAGUCUAAGGAAGGGGAUGUUCGACCAUGUGAUUUGAAUGUUGAAGCUGAACUAGAAAAAAUUAGAGUGUUUCGCGAAGAAAUCGAAAAACUGGCACAAGAGAAUGAUAGGUUAUGGAGGGAAAACGAAAAGCUUCGUAGGCGCUUGCCAAGAAAAGCGUGACAAUGUCUUCGUCCAAACAUGCGCUUUGUAUUUAUCAUUGUUAUUUUACCAUUUUCCGCGAUAAUAACAUAUCGAUUAGUAUCAUAACUUUUUUCCGUUCGCUAUUCCAAUGAAUUGCGUUCAUCUGUUCGCUGUAUAUUCGCUUUUUUUUUUGGGCAUUAUUGUGCUUGAAGUAAAAACGAAGUUUCGUAAA